UUUUGUAUUCAAGUGGAAGUUAGUCAGUUGAUUUCGAUUUUAGUUCACGUUCAUUUCGAUUUUGUAAAUUUUUAGAUUUUCCCUUAAAAACACGAAUGUAUAGAAAAGUCCAACAAUAAUCAAAAGGAAACAAACCAAUCAAACGCGCUCGCUAAAUACUAUUUACUAAUCUAACGGGACCGGAACAAUUUUUUUUACUCAAAAUUGAUAUUGUGCAGACAAUUGCAUCACCACCAAUCAAUUAUAUAUACCAGAAGCUCAGUAGUCACAGGAAGAUUUGCAAGGUGCAUUUAUUGUGGCUUGGCAGCGCACUGCCAUUUUAACGCUGCGGAGUGAAAGCAUAUAAAACGAUUCGCAAUACUACAAAACAAAGAUCUCUGGGGAAUCGGGUGAAAUAUAGGAGAAAUCACUUUUUUUUUAAGAUCGUUGAGAAAUUUCAAAAUUUUGAAAAUAACAAAAUACGCUAAUCCAAUGAAGCGCAGAACUUUGAAACGCUCGCUCUCUGAGAAUAAUAUAUCACAUGGUUUGGUCUGGUUUGAUCGGAUAAUUAUGUCUGAUGUUCAAGUCGCUAAUGGAUCUCCACUGCCAAUUCAAAAUUCGAAUACGGCAAACACAAACGGAAACGGAAACACAAAUGCUAUACCAUCAAAUGGUGUGCCAACAAAUGCUAUUCCGACAAAUACAGCAUCCGAUGCAGCCGCAUCAAUAACAACUCCGGCUACACCAUCACUGUGCGAUCAUUAUCAAUUGCUAGGCAAUGGAACCAUCCAUUUGCGUGGCAUUCAGCCUGAUGUAAACAAUCACGUACCAAAUCUGGAGCGUCGCAAGUCCAGCUGCUGCCAACGUCAUACCCUGAUCCACGAUACUUGCGCCAAUUGUGACAUGGAAUUGUGCGAAGAAUGCGGAUACUCGUGUGUAGAAUGUGCUCAGUUUAUAUGCCGCUUUUGUGUCCUGAUGUUUGGCAACGGACCCCAGGAAGAAGCUGAGGAACCAUUGUGCGAGCGUUGCCAAAUGUUCUUUGCUUAAAAGUUCGCUCAGAUACGAACACAAAGGCCCAUUUAAUCAAAAGAAAAACUUAAUUUUCGUUUCGGUCUAAAACAUAAAAUUCUAAAAAAAAAAAAUAAUGUACAAUUCAUAGCGACAACAUUUCAAAUGGGGAAAAUAUAAACACAAAAGAAAGAAAAAG